UUCAUUUUUGGGUGAACUAUCCCUUUAAUAUUCAAAGUAAUUAAAAAUAAGUCAGUGGAAAUUAUUACUUUAAAAAGUUAAGCUGAUUAAAAAUAUAUAUAUUUUACAGGGAACGUUUCUAUUGAAAACUUAAAGUAAGUUCAACUUACUUUCAUAAAGUUAAUCCAACUAAACUUUAUAAGUUCAAACAACAUUACAUUUGUUAAGCUGAUCAUACUUAAUAUUCUAUAAAUACAACUUAACUGAGUCAGUGCAAAAAGAUAACUCAAAGUUUUUAUUAAUAUUAUUAUUAUUAUUAUUUUUUUUUUUUUACAGUGCACUAAAUUUAGUUGGGAGAGCUGUGUUUGGUUGUUUAGGACAAGCAAACUAAGCACUUCUUUCAAUGUUCAUGGUCUGUAAUAAACUGCUAUUUCUUGAAACAAGUCUAUUAUUUUGGACUUUUAAUUGCUUUACCCUGCUCUCAAAAUCCUUCUUCUCUGUUGUAGGUAUCCAUCUCUCCUAGCUGGAAAGAGUUUUGUCUGUUCUACUCACAAGCCUUUCCAAGUGGAUUAGUUGAACUUCAUAUCCUUCACACAAUUGACAACAACAACAGAUAUUAAAGCAGAAUAUUCACAAGCGUUCUCAGCUUCAUGGACUGAAAUAUUUAAUUCCACAGGGAAAAAAAAACAAGAGUCAAUCCAGAUCAACACCAACAGCAAAAGACUGAAAAAUGAAUCAUCUAUUUCACAAACUCCAUCUUGAAGUCAGACAACUCAAACUAAGAGCUGCAGAUGUUCUUCAGAUAACUGAACAUUCAUUACAGUCUCAUGAGUCUUGUGCUGAAGAGGAGCUUGUUCAGACUUUCAUACAAAAACUACUGAUACAUAACUAUAGGGCAAGAUACAUUAAAACUAAAGUGAACCAUCAACAGGAUCAAACAAUACGAAGUAGCAGUGAUUUGUCUGAAGAUGAGAGUGAUAUUUUUGAUGAUGUUCAUAUAAGCAAAGUAUCAAGUCAGUCUGAGCGAAUUCACCUGAUGGAUGUUCAGAUGGCCAUGUUUCAUUGUGCCGAUGGUUUCCUGAAGCAGCUGAUGGUCACUAAACUGUCCCAGUGUCAGUACGCUCUGCCUCUGCUUGUUCCUGAUCCAUUCACACAACAGAUUGAGUUUCCUCUCUGGACAUUCAGACAAAUCAACAAGAGCUGGAAGAUCAGAAACAACAACAAUGAAAUCAUCAGUCAAAACCAGCUGAUCUACAAGGCAGAAACUCCAAUGGUGUUUUUCUUCAGGUUUGGCUCUGUGUCUUCAUCCAAGUCUCAGCUAAUGAACAGUCUGAUCAAUGAGAAACACAACACAUUCUUCCACAGGAAUUGCCCAGGCAGCAGCAGAACCAGAGUCCUGAUGGAUGGAGUGGUGGAGAUUGCCUGGUUCUGCCCCUCUGGGAAAGACACGGAUAAAUUCACUGACUGUGUUGCGUUCUGUAAUCUACAUGGUGAUGCAGGAGACCAUGAGAAACAGCUGCAGAUCCUUACUGAAAUGAGCUCAGUCAAUGUUGUUCUGCUACCACAACUUCAAAAGAAUGACAAAAGUGCAGCAAUAAUUCGAAACCUGUACAAGGACAGAAAGCCAUUCAUUUUUCUUUUUACUGAGGAUGAAUCUGCUGUAACUGAGAUGAAGAAAGGGAAAUUCAAAAUAGGUCUGAAAGGUCAAAAUCAGCCCGAAGUAAAUGAAGAGCUCAGUAGAGCUCUUCACAAUUGUCUCAAAGAAUCAUCUCACACUUUCAGACUUGAAGAUGUGUCCAAACACUCAGACAUCAGAGUAGAUGAGAAAGAUGAUAAUGACUGCAGGAGAGGAAGAGAAGCAGCACAGCAGAUGAUGAGUUUACUGGAGAAGAAAGAUCUGACAGAAAUCAAAGAAUCAUUUCUGCCUCAUCAGGGGAAACUGUGGCAUCAGUGGAGUCAAAAGAACAAAGAACUACAUCGACCUCGAGCAGAAGAGAUAGAAAUGGAAAUAAGUAGAAAACAAAAAGAAAUAAAGGAAAUUCGCCAACAACAGCAUGAAUCUGAAAUCAGUGAGUUUAUGAAGUACUUUAUUGAAGAAAUAGAUUCACAUGAUGAACAUGAGAAGAUGUUUUUUACUAACUGGCUCAUAAUCCUACUAGAUGAAUAUAUUUCAGUUGACCUUUCCAAUCUACAUAACAAGUAUGAUGAAAAAUGGUCAACGGUCUUAAAACUCAAAGAGAAACAUGAUAAAUCUGAAACACUCAAAGCUAAACAAACUGAACUUGAGAGAAUAUCCGAGGAACUUCAAGCUUCAGAUUUUGGUCUGCAGCACAUCAUAAGGGAGAUCGGUCAGAUCUAUGAAUCAUGUUCAUCUGUGAAGAAGAACAAGAAAAAUCUGCAGGUUCACUUCUCUUCUCUCCCGAGUCUUGCAGCAGAGAUGAUGAUCUCUGGAUUUCCACUGGAGCUGAUGGAUGGAGAUGCUGCUCAUGUUCCUGUGGUCUGGAUCUCUGCUGUUCUAGAUGAACUCAUCCAGAAACUGGGAGAUCAGAGAGUCUUUGUGCUGUCAGUUUUAGGGCUUCAGAGCUCUGGGAAAUCCACCAUGCUGAAUGCCAUGUUUGGACUCCAGUUUGCCGUCAGUGCUGGCAGGUGCACCAGAGGAGCUUUCAUGCAGCUGGUCAAAGUGUCAGAUGAGAUGAAAACACAGAUGAACUUUGACUAUAUUCUGGUUGUUGAUACUGAGGGUCUUCGUGCUCUAGAACUGGCUGGAAAAUCAACAAGACAACAUGACAAUGAAUUGGCCACAUUUGUUGUUGGUCUUGCAAAUCUCACCUUGAUCAACAUCUUUGGAGAAAACUCAUCUGAGAUGCAGGACAUUCUUCAGAUUGUUGUUCAGGCCUUUAUGAGGAUGAAGAAGGUCAGACUGAAUCCCAGCUGUGUGUUUGUGCAUCAGAACGUCUCAGACGUCACAGCUGGAAAACAAACUAAGGAGGGAAGGAGACGACUGCAGGAGACACUGGAUGAGAUGACAAAACUCGCUGCUGAAGAAGAGGACUGUGAUGCAGUAUGUUUCAGUGACGUCAUUAGAUUUGAUGUUCAGAAUGAUGUGAAGUAUUUUGCUCAGCUCUGGGAGGGCAGCCCACCCAUGGCACCACCAAACCCAGAUUACUGUGAGAAUAUUCUGGAACUAAAGGAAACUAUUAUGUCUCAAGCCUCAAAAUCACAUGAAAUGAGACUGGUAGACUUAAAAGAUCGUAUUAAAGAUCUCUGGGAGGCUUUACUGAAGGAAAGAUUUGUCUUCAGUUUCAGAAAUUCCCUGGAGAUUUCAGCCUACAGGAAACUGGAGACUGAAUAUAGCAAGUGGUCCUGGAGGCUUCGCAGUACCAUGAUGGAAACUGAGAACAAACUAUACAACAAAAUAGAAAAUGAAGCAAUUCAUGAGAUUGAGGAAACUGAUCUUCAAGAAGAACUGAAGAAAACAAGUGAAGAAGUGAAAAAAUUAAUAUCAGAUUUCUUUGAGAAAAACAAAGAUAAAGAUAUACUGAUUCAGUGGAAAGCAUCAUUUGAAAACAAAAUUAAAGACCUUCAGGGAAACAUUGUAAUCGAAACAAAGAGGAAAUUAAAUGAGAUUCUUCAUGAACAAGACCUGAAGAAAAAGACUGAUGCUCAGAGGACACGUCAUGAAAACGCUCUGUUUGAAAAGAGCAAAGAUCUUGCCUUAAAACUCAAAAACAAAGCGGAUGAUGAACAAACACUGAAGAAAGAGUUUGAUUUGUUUUGGGAGCAGAGUGUGAAGAAGAUCAUCACAGACACUCCUCCAAUCAAAGACACUGACAUAAUGAGAGAUGUGAGAGAAAUCCUCAGAGACAUCUAUGAAAGUAUUUCUGUAGACCACUGGAAGGAGUGCAGUGUGUACAAUAUUUUUACUGUGCCGAGUUAUUCAGAUUAUGUUGUUUUCAAAAGGUCCACAAAAAAAGGGAUUAAAGAGGUUGUAAAGGAUGCUUGCAGAACAGUUAAAAAAACAUUUGGAUAUGAUCGAACUCUGUCUCCAGCAGAUGAAUCCCAAAUAAGAUCAUUAGUCACAGAUGUUGCUCAGCAGACAGACAGAAUGAUUCAAUCAUUCAAUAUUUCAAAGACUGGCUACAACAUCAGCUGCAUUCAACAUCUCACAGAUUACAUCAAGGCAAGGGUAAUAGAUCACCAGGAAGGACCAGUGAAUUAUGUGUUUAAGAUUGAAUUCAUUAUGGAUUUGAGUUUUUCCAUCUGUAGGAGAUCAAACAAGAUGAUCACUGACCAACACAGACUGUUCAGGGAAGCCAAUGAUCCUGAAAUAUAUGUUGAGAAGAAGAGAGAAGAGUACUACAGUAUUUUCCAGAAAUACUGUCAUGGAGCAACAUCAGAUGCCAUUUUUGGUGAGAUCAUCUGUCAGAAACUUAAAGAGCCCAUUGAGCAGAGUGUCUACAAGAAGACUGCCAGAGAUUUGACAGAUGAAAUGAAAUCAAACUGUGAAUCACUGAAUGGAAACAGAUCAAAUCUGGAGAAACACAUUCUGAAGACACUGGCAGAAGAGGAGGACUUCAACAAAUUCAUGAACUACAUUCAGAAUCCCAGAGAUCACUUCAAGAGUUUCAUCAGAGAUGAAGUCAGUCGAUACAUCACUGAUAAGUUCAGUGUCAGUGUUUUACACAAGAUGAAGGAGAACAUUAAACUCCUGCAGCAGAAGAUCAUGAAAGCAGCACAUGAAUCUACUGAACAUGUUCAAGUGAACAGAGGAGAUGUUGGUUUAUGGUUGAAGAGUUUCACACAGCAGCUCUCAGAUGAGCUGAUCUUCUCUGAAAAAGACCUCAGUGGAGUGAAACAUGAUGAUUUUCAUGAUUUCAACCUCCUAGAAGAUGUGAUAAGACAAGAACUUACUGCUAUAAUGUCUGAUAUGAGCAGUAGAUUCAACACAAAAACAUUUGAUGAAAAUCUAGACCUCAGUUUCAGACCAGGUGAACUUCUGGUUGAUCACUUCUGUCAGUGCUGUUGGAUUCAGUGUCCGUUCUGUAAAGCCAUCUGCACCAACACCAUAGAAAACCAUCCUGGAGAUCACAGUGUUCCUUUCCAUCGUAAUAAUGGACUGAAUGGGUGGUUUUACAUAGGAACAACAAACUUGUCUAUUAACAUCUGCACAUCAGCUGUAGCAAGUGAUCAAGAUUUUAAACCCUUUGGGUCAGAUAAUACAGUCCUCUGGAGAGAAUACAGAAGAGCAGGAGGAGUUUAUGCAGACUGGAGCAUCACCCCGGAUCUCUCUGAACUGCCCUACUGGAAGUGGUUUGUGUGCAGAUUCCAGAAAGAUCUGGAAAAGCACCACAGUAAAACAUUUGAGGGGAAAGGGAAGAUCCCAGAUGAAUGGAGAACAUACUCAAAACAGGCAGCUAUUGAGAGUUUGGAUAAAUACAUUUAAUUCAACAAAUUAAAUGAGUUUUUCAGGUUUUUGAUUCACAGUUUGGAACAAAUUUCUGUUCUUCACCUCAGAAACUCUCCAAUCAUCAAAACUUAAGCUUACAGACUACAUGAGUGAAGAGUUUAAAUAUAACUAAAGUCUUUAAAAAGACUGAACAUUCCUCAUAUUAAUAUCUGUGAACUUAUCUGUACUUACAUACAUAAGAGGCAGGCAAAAUAUCUAGAUAGAAGAAUACAGUCUUUUUUAAAAAAUAAUAAUAAAAAAAAAAAUAUUCCAGAUUACAAACAUGCAAAUAAAAAGUAUAUCUAUAAAAUAGCUUGUUUAAAUAGUUUAUUUGCAACAAAGUGACAGUUACUUUGUGGUAAAUCCAUAAUUUGUACAAUUUGACAGUGUUGUCGUUUCUACUUUAUGUGAAAAAAUCAUUUCUUAAAGAGACAUGCUAUAUUAUGCUCAAUUUACUAUAUAAAAUAUUCCACAUUCCCCUCUCUGGGGCUUACUUAAGCCCCAAUUUUACUAUUGUUUUCCCAGAGGGGAAAAAAAAAAAAUCCAAAAAUCCAGCAUUCUUAGACAUGCUACAUUGUGAAUAAAUUAAGUCACCCAGUCCCAUUACAAAUAGCUAAAUUAUGUUACCAUCCUCUGGAGAAGCCAUAGAACCAAACAUCUCUCUCCAGAUUUUAUUUUUCUUUAUUUUAGAUAUUCUUUACUUAUGUUUUCCGAAGACAGUAAAAGAUUACUAGGCUUCCUAACCUUUACUUUCAAAACAAUCCCAUGUUAUAAACAUGAGUGUGUAAUUUGUUUAGCCUUGCCUGUGGUUGUCACAGUUAUGUAUAAUAUAUCAAACAACAAACCCUGCAUUAUACUAUUAAAAGUAAAGGAGACGUCUUCUUCAACUCAGAUACAAAACAAUAAUCCCCAUUGAUACUGCUACUCCUAAAUAUUACCAUUUUAACAAAACAUGCUCCCAAUGCUCCAAAUUCAAAAUCUAAUCAAUCCCACACUUUUUCAUCCCUUCCAGCAUUUUCCACAACUUCUGCUCUUAAAACUUUUUAUUUUAAUCAUAGCUUCGCUAAACUUUCUUCCUGGUGCAGUACUAUUUGGUAUAAGUGCAACACUGAUCUCCAAACACAGCACACCUCCUUUGUCUGCUAAUAGCCAAUUAAGGGCUUGUCCAUGUUGCCAUGUCAUUUUACUAGUUUCAUGUAAUUGUUCUCCUAAUACAGAUAAAGCAUUAUCAGUGUAAUUGAUACAUCUUUGCUGAUUAUAAUAAAUAUAAUUAAUCCAUUCUGUUUUUUAUUUUGUGAAAUCCAUAUAACUAUUGUUUCAAUCCUGAUAACAUUUUAUUUAAUACAGCACAUUUUUGUUAGUCAUAUGGAUUUGGAACUACUUUUACCUUAUUUAAAGGUAAUUUAGAACAUAGACAAUUAUCCAUUCCUUGCUCUCUUGCUGUAAAUGUUGCCCAUCUAUACCAUUCAUUAUUUUGCACUAUUUCCCAGAAAAUAUCUUCAUUACUAUUUUCUUCAAUUUUUUCAUCUACAUUGUUUUGAUAUUUUUUGCUCAUUAACCAAUUCUUGUUCUAUUAGGGUUAUUAUUGGGUUGUUACUGGUCUAAUUGAGGGCUGAAAAGUCAAUAUCUGGGAACUCAGAGUGGUGUUGAUACUCAUAGCUUGAGCUUGUCAUGUGAGAUGCAAUAAGCAUAUGAUGAUUGUCAGAUGCAUUAGUGGACACUUAUUUUGUUGGUUUUCUCUGCUUUGCCCAGCUCCCUGCACAUCUUGCUGAGCUUUCAGCAUUCUUCAUCCUUUCAUUCUGUGUCUCCAGUCUUUCUUCUUUGUCUUCUCCUGUAUCACCUGUUUCACGCCUUUCCCCUUUUCUUUUAUUCCUUUCUUUGGGAACUCUUGUGCAGUAAUUUAGAUACCAGGUAGUAUUUUCUUCCACUUGGACUGCUGUUGAAGUUGCUGUAACAACUGUUUAAGGUCCCUCUCACCUUCAUUCCACUUUCUUUUAAAGACUCUCAGAUAUACUUGGUCACCUGGAACAACUGGACAAGAGGUCUUUGUCUCUUUACUUAGGCUGCUUUCUUGUUUCCUGUGAAUAUUUAGCUUUAUGUAAUGCAGUUAGUUUCUUCAUGUAAGAUCUUAAUUCCAUUUGUAUGUGUUCUUAAAGAAGUCCUUUAUAGGGACCUCUGCAAUAUGGCACAGGCAUAGGUUGACCCGUAAGCAUUUCAUAUGGUGUUAGAUGUGUACUUCUAUUAGUUUGCAUGCGAUAGCUCAUUAGUGCCUGUGGCAAAGCAUCAACCCAGUUGAGUUUAGUACUUUCACAUAUUUUGUUAAGCUUGGCCUUGAGGGUACAAUCCUUUGCAAUUGUGGCAUAUAAAUGCAGCCUAAUCUUUGUUUUAUUCUUAAGUGCUGUAGUACUUGUUUAAUAGUUUUUUGAAUAAAUGCAGAACCAUUAUCUGAACUUAUUUCUGGUGGUAUUCCAAAUCUAGAUAUUACUUCUCUCAUUAAAAAUGUGAUAAAAAUUUGA